AUGACAGGACACACAGGAGAUGUUUCACAAGUUCACGAUAUUGAGAUUUUAGCAUUAAAUCCAACUGUAAAUAAACAUGCCACUUUUAAACCAACCAUUGUAUCAAAAAAAGAUAAAGAAAAUUGGGCAAGACUUGACCAUUGUAAAAAAGGAUGUGAAUUAAAAAAUGAUUUUGAAGAUGUUAAACCAACAACAUUAACAGAGAGAGGAGCAUUAUUUGAAUCAGCAAGAUGUUUAAAAUGUGCAGAUGCACCAUGUCAAAAAGGAUGUCCAACUCAAUUGGAUAUUAAAUCAUUUAUUAGUUCAAUUUCAACCAAAAACUAUUAUGGAGCAGCAAAGACAAUUUUCUCUGAUAAUCCAUUAGGUUUAACAUGUGGUAUGGUUUGUCCAGUUAGUUCAUUAUGUCAAUAUGGUUGUAAUUUAGCAGCAACAGAAGAGGGACCAAUCAAUAUUGGUGGUCUUCAACAAUUUGCCACUGAAGUAUUCAAAAAGAUGAAUAUUCCACAAAUUCGUGAUCCAUCCUUAACACCAUUGAGUCAAUUACCAGAGAGUUAUAAAGCAAAGAUUGCUUUGAUUGGUUGUGGUCCAACCUCAAUUAGUUGUGCAACAUUUUUAGGUCGUUUAGGUUACACAGAUGUCACCAUCUUUGAAAAGGAACAAUACUUGGGUGGUCUUAGCAGUAGUGAAAUUCCAAACUAUCGUCUCAAUUAUGAAGUGGUUGAAUUUGAAAUCAAGUUAAUGAAAGAUUUAGGUGUAAAAGUUGAAUAUGGUAAACGUUUAGGUGAGAAUGGCUUCACCGUUGAAUCAUUACAAAAACAAGGUUAUGAAGCCAUUUACUUGGGUAUUGGUAUGCCUGAACCAAAGAUUGAUCCAGUCUUUAACGAGUUGACAAGUGAUCAAGGUUUUUUCAGUAGUAAAGAGUUCUUACCAAAAGUUAGCAAAGCCUCAAAGGCUGGUAUGUGCGGUUGUAAAUCACAAUUACCACAACUCAAUGGUAGAGUUAUUGUAUUGGGUGCUGGUGAUACCGCUUUCGAUUGUGCUACCUCUGCUUUCCGUUGCGGUGCAUCACGUGUUACCGUUUGUUUCCGUCGUGGUUUCUCUGAUAUGAGAGCCGUUCCUGAAGAAGUUGACAUUGCCAAGGAUGAACGUUGUGAGUUCCUUCCAUACGUUUUACCAAAACAAGUCAUUAAACGUGAUGGAAAAGUUGUAGCUAUGGAAUUCUAUAAAACUGAAAAAGGUGAUGAUGGUAAUUACUCUGUAGACGAAGAUCAAUUCUUCCGUGUAAAAUGUGAUUAUAUCAUCUCUGCUUUUGGUAGUCAAAUUGGUAGUGUCGCUGAAUCUUGUUCACCAUUACAAUUCAAUAAAUGGGGUACUGCAGACAUUGACCCAAUGACAAUGACAAGUAAACAUGCCGAAUGGUUAUUCUGUGGUGGUGAUUUAGUUGGUAAUGGUACAACCGUAGAAGCUGUAAAUGAUGGUAAAACCGCCUCUUGGAAUAUUCAUAAAUAUUUACAAUCACUCCAUGGUAUUCCAAUUCCAGAUGGUCCACCACAAUUACCAAAUUUCUUUACACCAAUUGAUCUUGUGGAUAUUAGUGUUGAAAUGUGUGGUAUGAAAUUCCCAAACCCAUUUGGUUUAGCAUCUGCAACACCAGCCACCAGUGCCGCUAUGAUUAGACGUUCAUUUGAACAAGGUUGGGGUUUCGCUGUCACCAAGACUUUCUCAUUGGAUAAAGAUCUCGUUACCAAUGUUUCACCAAGAAUUGUUAGAGGUACCACUAGUGGUCAUCAUUUUGGUCCAGGUCAAGGUGCUUUCCUUAACAUUGAACUUAUCUCUGAAAAAACUUGUCACUAUUGGUGUAAAGCUAUCGGAGAAUUAAAGAGAGAUUUCCCAGAUCGUAUUGUUAUCGCUUCAAUUAUGUGUGGUUUCAACAAAGAAGAUUGGACUCAAUUGGCUAAAAUGGCUGAAGCAUCUGGUGCCGAUGGUAUUGAACUCAAUCUUUCUUGUCCACAUGGUAUGGGUGAAAAAGGUAUGGGUUUGGCAUGUGGUCAAGAUACUGAAUUGGUUUUCCAUAUUUGUCAAUGGGUUAGAGCCGCCACUAGAUUACCAUUCUUUGCAAAAUUAACUCCAAAUGUAACUGAAAUUAAAGAGAUCGCCAAAGCUGCACAUGAUGGUGGUGCCGAUGGUGUUACCGCUAUCAAUACCGUCUCUGGUUUAAUGGGAUUAAAAGGUGAUAGUAACGCUUGGCCAGCAAUUGGUGAUGAGAAACGUACAACAUACGGUGGUGUUUCAGGUAAUGCUACUCGUCCAAUUGCUUUACGUGCAGUUUCUUCCAUUAGAAAAUCUUUACCAGAUUAUCCAAUUAUGGCAACUGGUGGUGCUGAUUCUGCUGAUGCCACUAUUCAAUUCCUCCAUUGUGGUGCUUCAGUAGUUCAAAUUUGUUCAUCCGUUCAAAAUCAAGAUUUCACCGUCGUUCAAGAUUAUAUCACUGGUCUUAAGACUUAUCUUUACAUGCAAUCUCGUGAAGAUUUAUUGCAAUGGGAUGGUCAAUCACCACCAAAUGAAAUCAUAAACAAAAAUCCAAAAUUAAAAGGUUUACCAAAAUUCGGUAAAUAUCUUUUAGAACGUAAUAGAAUCGAUACUGAAGAGAAACAAAACAUUGAUUUACAAAAAGUUAAGAAUCCAUUAGUACCAUCACCAAAUCCAACUCAUCCAGUUCCAUCUCUCAAAGAUCAAAUUAAUCGUGCAAUCCCAAGAAUUGGUCGUCAUGAUGAUCUUAAACGUGAUCAACAAGUAGUUGCUCUUAUCGAUGAAGAUAAAUGUAUCAAUUGUGGUAAAUGUUAUAUGACUUGUAAUGAUUCUGGUUAUCAAGCUAUUAAAUUCGAUGGUAAAACUCAUAUUCCAUUAGUCACUGAUUUAUGUACUGGUUGUGAUUUAUGUUUAUCAGUUUGUCCAGUACCAGAUUGCAUUACAAUGGUACCACGUGAAACAAUUUAUGUACCAGAUAGAGGUUUAACUGUCCAAAAUUAA